AUGCCAUUCAUUAGAAACUCCAUAGGAAAAAUUACCUUCGUGGAGGUGGAGGCAGAGGCGACGACUCAUAAGAUUCCGCCUAUGGAAUUCGAGGGCCGUUGCAACAAUAAGCCUGGUGGCUGUGCUGGACAGAAGCUGAACCCCGAGAACCGUAGCCCACAACGCCAUUGCAGGAAAGAAGAUAAAUGCCGCGGAGGAAAUUGA